CCUCCCUAUAAAGCCUGGCGCGGCGGGGAGGGCGGCGGAGGCCGCCACUGCUCGGAAAGGGGCCACAGCGCGCCCGAAGGUUCAUGCGCCGGGCGGGGACAGGGCCCCGCGCUCGGCUCGCAGCAGGCGCGGCCCGCGGGCGGGGGUCGCGCUUCCCAUGGAGGCGCCCGAGCUGGGCCCGGGGCUGGUGCAGCGUCUGGAGCAGCUGGCGACGUGCCCGCUGUGCGGGGGCCCCUUCGAGGACCCGGUGCUGCUGGCGUGCGAGCACAGCUUCUGCCGCGCGUGCCUGGCCCGCCGCUGGGGCGCCCCUCCGGCCGCCGGCGACCCGGCGCCCGCCCCCGCCUGCCCCAGCUGCGGCCAGCCGUGCCCCCGCCGCAGCCUGAGGUCUAACGUGCGGCUGGCGGUGGAGGUGCGCAUCAGCCGGGGACUGCGCGACAAGCUGGCCGAGGCGGGCGCCCGCGCGGGGAGGCGCAGGGGGGGCCGCAUCCCCACCAUGGGCUGCCUGGACCCGCGCGGAGAGGACACGAGGAAGACAUGGAGGAGACUUGACGCCCCAACACCCAAGUCAUCUAACUCAGACGACGACGUCCCCGAAGAUUAUCCAGUGGUCAAAAACAUGCUGCACAGACUGACGGCCGACCUGACCCUGGACCCGGGCACCGCACACCGCCAGCUGCUCAUCUCAGCGGACCGCCGCAGCGUCCAGCUGGCCCCGCCGGGGACGCCCGCGCCCCCCGACGGCCCCGCGCGCUUCGACCAGCUCCCGGCGGUGCUGGGCGCGCAGGGCUUCGGGGCUGGCCGGCACUGCUGGGAGGUGGAGACCGCGGCCGCCGCCGGGGACCAGGAGGACGGGGACCAGGACAGCGGCGAAGCCCGCUACGCCGUGGGCGCGGCCGGCGAGUCGGUGCGGCGCAAGGGCCGCGUGGGGCUGUGCCCGGCGGGGGCCGUGUGGGCCGUGGAGGGCCGCGCCGGCCGCCUGUGGGCGCUCACGGAGCCCGAGCCCACCCCGGUGGGCGGCGCGGGGCCCCCGCCGCGGCGCAUCCGCGUGGACGUGGACUGGGAGCGCGGCCGAGUGGCCUUCUACGACGGGCGCUCGCUCGACCUGCUCUUCGCCUUCCAGGCGCCCGGGCCGCUGGGGCAGCGCGUCUUCCCGCUGCUCUGCACGCGUGACGCCCGCGCCCCGCUGCGCAUCGUGCCGGCAGAGGGCUGA